AUUUACGCAAUAACAACAAAGAUGGCAGAGAUCGUAGUGGCUGCGCUGCUCAGCGCUACGUUUUUCUCAAAGCCAGCUUUUAGGAAACGUAGCUUUGCUUUGUCAGCACUGAUUUUCGUUGCAGUUAUUCCAUCCUUAGCAUCUGCAGAGAAAAGAAUUCUGAUUGAGGUUUCAAAGUCUGAAAAAACAUCGUUCAAACAUUUGACAGCUGGUAGCCAGUCAAGCGGAACAGAAGAUGUCAACUCUUUCGAUGCAAGAAUUUGGGGCAAAAUGCUCGAUAUCGGCCGUGAAAACAAUGUUGACGGUCGAAUGCAUCUGUUACCUGCUAAUUGUGCUGACGAUGAAAGCAGCUUUGCACGUUUACCUGGAGGUUGGGUUGCUGUUCUGAAUUACACUGAGAAACUGUCUGUCAGCACAGGUAGUGGUACAGUCGGGGAGUGUCCAGGUGUAGUAGAUAGGAUGAAAAGAGCUUUGAUGUUUGGAGCGUCUGCAAUUAUUAUAUUGACACUAAAUCCUAAAAUCAUCAGAGAGCUUGAUCUAAGCCAGAUGUUCUCUAAACCUGUAGCCUUAGUGGAUAUUUCAGAGAACAUCACAAACAUGUUACAUCUGCUUUCAAGCAAGAUGAAAAUAAAGGCAAGAUUUUUGUACAACAUUGUAAAAGAUAUACAAGGCAGUCAGAAGUUUUUUACCACAGUUACCUUGUGGGGUACAUGUGGGCGGUACAGUGGGAGGAGUUACCAUGAGUGGGAUGGUGUUGUGUGUUUAGGAGAAGAUCAAAAUACAAACAAGGAUGGAAAGGUAGACCAGGAGAAUUUCUGGAAUUACUUUUACACUGGGAUACUGUUUCUAAUGAUGAUACAUUAUCUACGUACCAGACGAGGACAGAACUGGGAGGACCCAGAUUAUAUAGAUGGUUCGUUGCGCCAGUUAGCAUACCAAGCAUUAGCUGUGAUGAAGAUAAAAAGAUACUCACCGGACGGGACAAAUGAUACAUGUGCAAUAUGUCUAGAAAAGUUCUUCCUUAAACAGAAAUUACGGGUGCUACCGUGUGGACACCAUUUCCACACUAAAUGUGUUGAUCCAUGGUUGGUCAGAAGCCAUACAUGUCCAUUGUGUAAACUGAAUAUAAUUGAAAAGUUGGAAAGUUGACCUGCUGUGGAAAUAGAAGACAGAUUUCCUGUAUAACCUUUUUUUAUUAUAAUGUGAUACUUGUUCAUUUUGUGUUCAGGCCGUAUUUUAUUGGAUACGUAUUUUAUUGGAUAUCCAAGCAAAGAGGUUAUCAUAUGCUAGGUUAUGUAGGAAAAUUGAAAAUUUGAAAAUUUUUAUUGAAUCAUCUAACAGAUUUGGAUACCGUAAAUAUAUUUAUAUAUAUGGAAUAUGUUUGCAAAUUUAAGACAGUUUUACUAGAAACCUCAUUUUGUAAGAUACAUUUUGGACAAUUUUACAAUGACCUUAUUUUGGUAUGGUCCGGACCAGUGUUGGACAGUUUUACCCAAAAGUGCAUACACAGGGACAGUUUUACCCAAAAGUGCAUACACAGUUUUAUUUUCACUUGUGUAAUUAAUGUAUAUUAUGGUAGACCAAUACAUCUUGUCUCCUAAAGUUUGGUGUGUUCAGUAUGGUGCUUUUUUGUGAAAUUUUUGCUUUACCCGAAAUAAGAGUAAUACUUUGAACAUUUAGUAAAAAAAUAGAGUAUCAAUUGUUUACCUUUAAUGGGAUGCAAGAAGGAAAGUGAAUAUGUUUUAAAGGUGGCCAAGAUAUAACAGCUGACACACAUUUAAAAUAUUUGAAAAUUAUUGUUGUUAUAAGAAAAUUUAAGAAAUAGCUUUCAAGUUCCUUUUAAACACCUUUUACAUGCACAAAUCUUAAGAGAUAUGGACUUCAGACUUUAUUGAAGUAAGGUAUACACUUCAAACUGUACUGAGGUAAGGUAUAGACUUUAUACUAUACUGAAUUAAGGUAAGGUGUGGACUUUAUACUGAAGUGCUGGUUUUAAAUUUAUGAAAGAAUGUAUACAGAGUACAAGUAAUAAUAAAGGGGAGAUAUGGUAAACGAAGUUAAAUUUGUUGUAGUGAUCUACAUUACCUUCCAGAUAUUCUAAGUGCUAUUUUGCUAUUUUCCUCAUGUUGUUUCAUUGUAUUCAUUUAUACCCUGAAAUUCUUUAUCAGUUUAUCAUUUUUAGCUCAACUAUGGAGCUAUCCUACCCGCCUCAGCAUCGGCGUGAGCAUCACACAAAUGUUAGUUUGCGUACCACCCCAAAUAUUUUCAAAGUCCAUUGAGAUAUUGCUUUGAUAUUUUGCAUACUUGUUAACCAUCAUGACCCCAGUCUGUUUAAAGAAGGAGGCAAACUCUAUGGAGCAUUUUGACUGAAUUAUGGCCCCCUUUCGACUUAGAAAAUACUUAUUUUAUUAUUAAAGUUUGCGUACCACCAAAAAUAUUUUCAAAGUCCAUUGAGAUAUUGCUUUGAUAUUUUGCAUACUUGUUUACCAUCAUGACCUCAGACUGUAAAAAGGAGGAGGCAACUCUAUCAAGCAUUUUGACUGAAUUAUGGCCCUUUUUCGACUUAGAAUAUGCUUAUUGUAAUGUUAAAGUUUUACUCAUAGCUUAUAUUAUACUAUCAAGCACUGAGAAUAGUCGAGAACGCUGUCCACUGACAGCUCUUGUUUGACUUGUCUGCUAUCAACACCAUAUCAAAACUAUGAAGAGAUGAAAUAUUUAUUUAUGGUAAAAAGAGUAUCCUCACCACAGUGUACUUGUCCAUGUUUUGUGCUGAGGUGCCAAGCUAUCAUGUUCUACUUAUCCAUCAGUCCAUAAAUAAGGAUACAGUGCCUGUGCAGUACAUCGUUUUGUAGACUUUAUUAAUUGAUAGGUAUAUGAGUUAUCUUGUUAACUAGUAUUAUACAGUAUCAAUGUUAAUUUCUUAAGUUUAUGUUUAAUUUUUUUUUAAAUGUACGCAUGGUUUUUUUAUAAAUACACAUUUUAAAGCAGAAUAUUUUACAAUGAGACAGUUUAGUGACUUUGCUUAUGCACCUGUCAAUAUUUUGCCCGCCCAGGGGGGCGGCGGGCUGACCCAGGGGAAUUUGACAUUUCAAAAAUUUUGUUGUCUAAAUCCCCACCCUAGCGACAACCUUUUUUGUCUAAAUCCCACCCUAGAGCCUGGUUGGUACAUCAAAUGUUUGUCAAAUUCCCGCCUGUCCGGAAUGGUCUUCUGUCUAAAGUCCCGUGUAUGCCCGCCGCUCCCCUGGGUGGGCAAAAUAUUGACAGGUGCAUUAGCUGGGUAUAAGAAUAAAAUCAGUAUAUUAUUUAUAUAUAUAUUUUGAUAUACCUUCUUUAAAAAUUGUACUUAUUCACUGUUUGAGAAAUAUAAGCAUGAUUUUUAUACUCUUCCCCUAAGAAGAGGGGGUAUACUUUUUUGCGCAUUGUGGAUCAGUCAGUCUAUCGGUCCAUCCAUCAGUUGGAAGACCAUUUGAUUUCCGAUCAAUAACUACAGAAUGCUUUCUCACACAAUGAUCAAACUUCAUAGGGAAAUUGCCUGUGGUCAGUAGAUGACCCCUAUUAUGUACAGUUCAGUAGGUCAAAGGUCAAGGUCUCAGUGAUCUUGAGGCAGAAAACAAUUUCCACUCCCUAACUAAAGAAGGCUUCGGUCUACAUUUGUCAAAGGUCAAGGUGACUUUGAGACUGAAAACUAUUUCUGCUCAAUUUUUAGCCUACAGUUGUUAGACUUAUUAGACUAUAUAAUUGGCUGUGUCAGAUUACCCAUAUAGUUUUAGGGACCAGUAGGUGACAUUGAGACUGAAAAUGAAUCUUGCCUAAAAAGAAUAUUCCUAUAUUCUUACAUUCACCAAACUUCCUCUGAUGAUUGCUUGUUAGUAAUAAGAUAACUUUCAUAUUUUAUGGGUCAAAGGUCAAGGUCACAAUGAUCUGGAGACUGAAAAUGGUUUUUGCUGAAUAUGAACACUUUGGCCUACAGUCAUUUUAAUUCAUAAAAUGACUUCCUGUGGUUAUUAGUGGUCUACUGUUCAUGAGGGUCAGUAGGUCAAAGGUCAAGGUCACAGUGACCUUGAGACUGACUAUUGAUUCUGCUCAAUAACUAACGAAUUCAUCAAACUGUGAAGAUGAUUGCCUGCGGUUGUUAUAUUACUGAGUAUAAUUUGGGGUCAGUAGGUCAGAGGUCAAGGUCAUAAUGACUUCAAGACUGCAAAUGAUUUUUGAUCAGUAUGUGAGAAAAACUUUAGCAUACAGUUGCCAAGUUUCAUAGGAUGAUUACCUAUAGAUAGUUGAUGACACCUUUUGUUCUGAGGGUUGGAAGGUCAGAGGUCAAGGUCACAGUGACUUUUAGACUGAAAGUGGUUUCCACUGGAUAAUUUUUAGCUUUGCCCUACAUUGAUUAUUCUUCAAAGGAUGAUUUCCUUUUGUCAUUGGAGGACCCCCUUUUCAUGGGGGAUGUAGGUCAAAGGUCAAAAUCACAGUGAUCUUGAGACUGAAACUUGGACAGGUCAUCAUUUGGACAUACAUGUUUUACAAACAGCUCUUAUACUGUAUAGUUUUACAGUUUACACUAGUGCUUUUGUUGUUUAUUAUCUAGAAGUGAUGUUUUUAGUCAUUUAGUUAGAUAUUGAUGUCAGUUUUAUUUAAUUUUUGUUUCUGUUUAGCUUUGUUAUUAAUUAAUAGUUAGGAUUGUUUUUUUUUCUCUGUUAUGUUAAGAAUAGUUUAAUUUAUCAAGAUUUGUUUAUAUUAUGGUUAAAAGUGAAUGUCUUAACUUUUAGCCUGCUGGUGGAGUGUAAUUCUGUCUUUGCAACCAGUGCAGAUCAAGAUCAGCCUUCACAUUUGUGAAGUAAAUAUUAAAACUGCAGUACAAUAUACUUUUUCGAAAAACUUAUUUAAGAAAUAAUAGAUUUGUUCUUCAUUAAAUUCUGAUGCAAAGGAAUUUUAUCAACGCAGCACAGCCUUCUCUGUUUAAUAGGAAAACAGAUCGGUUCGUGUUAGAAUAUAUAAUAUUAUAUCGAGGUCACAACAUUUUUUUUUCAAAACAAAUGUAUUUAUUUAUGAAGUUUAUGUGAUUGUUAAGUUUGUGAAAGAUCAUAAUUAAGAUCUGUAUUAUCAUGAUAUUAUUUAUAUCCAUUGCAUUACCUCUUUCAUCUGGUGUUAAUUGAGUAAAUAAUUUUGUCAUUAAGUUCCAUCAUAUAUACACACUUUGUAAUAAUGUCAAUGACCCAGUUUUCUGGAUGCUGGCAUGUUUUAUUCCUGUAAUAAAACGAAAAAAGUUUAA